AUGAAGACUCUUUUCAAGUCUCAAGAACCAUGGGAUGUAGUUGAGACUGGAAUUCCAAAAGGGAAUGCAAACCAGUUGAGAGAACAUCGGACGAGAGACUCAAAAGCUUUGUUCACGAUCCAGAAAGCUCUUGAUGAUGAAAUUUUUCCUCGCAUAUCAGCAUCUGAGAUUCCCAAAAAAGAAUGGGAGAUCCUGAAGCAAGAGUACCUUGCAGAUGAUAAGGUAAGUAUUGUUAAAUUACAAACUCUCCAAUGUGAUUUUGAAACAUUGUUCAUGAAUGAAAAUGAAUUUGUGCAAGGCUAUUUUCUUAGAACAUAUGCUAUUGUUAAUACAAUGAGAUCCUAUGGUGAGAAAAUUGAUAAUCAUAUUGUUGUGUCUGAAGUGUUGAGAAGUUUAACCACCAAAUUUGAGCAUGUUUUUACUGCAAUUGAGGAAUCUAAGGACCUAUCUACCUCUUCUUUCGGUGAGUUAAUGAGUUCCAUGCUAGCUCAUGAAGAUAGGCUAAAUAGGUCCCGUAAGAAAGUUAAAGAGAAGGCAUUCCAGGUAAGUGAGAGUUUUCCUUCAAGGGAAAAGCAGAAAACUCCGCAGGACAAGGACAUGGCAGAGGCAAUUUCCGUGGUCGGGGUCGAAGUGGUAGCGACAGAGGUAGAAACUCAACAGAGCAAUAUUCAAUGUCGAUACUGCAAGAAAUUUGGCCAUGAAGAAGUUUAUUGUUGGAUGAAGCAGAAAGAUGAGCAAAAGGAAGCCAAUUUUACUCAAAAUGUGGAAGAAGAAAGUAAGUUAUUUAUGGCUAAUUCCCAAAUAAUUGAAAGUGUGAAUGUUGUGUGGUUCAUUAAUAGGGGAUACCCAAAUCAUAUGUCAUGUUUGAAGUCUCUAUUUAGAGAUCUUGAUGAGUCCCAGAAAAGUGGGGUGCGACUAGGAGAUGACAAACAAGUGCACGUUGAAGGGAAAGGUACAAUUGAGAUAAAAAUUGUCCAAGUUGUUAAAGGCCAUAAUGAGACUAAUUUUUGGCACUUCUAUUAUGGACAUUUGAAUGUUAACGGGUUGAAACUUUUGGUUUACAAAGAUGUGGUUAUUGGCUUGCCAAAAAUGAAUGAACUUGACUUGUGUGAUGGAUGUAUCUGUGGGAAGCAAACUAGAGGUGGUGAAUUCCUUUCUAAUAAUUUCAAUUUGUUCUAUGAUGAGAAAGGAAUUCACAGGGUUCUUACAACGCCAUAUACACUAGAACAGAAUGGUGUGGUCGAGCGGAAGAAUAGGAUGGUGGUGGAAAUCACUCGAAGUUCACUGAAAGCAAAAGAUCCUGUUUGUUAUGAAGAAGCAAUUGAACAAUCUGAAUGGAAGAAUGCUAUGACUGAAGAUAUGCAAGCAAUUAAAAGAAACUCUACAUUGGAGUUAGUUGAUGCACAUGAAGGAAAGAAUGAUAGCAGAUUCACAAGAAGUGAAAAUGAGCCCACUUUAUACUUGAAGAAACAAGAUUGGUUGGCUUUACUGAAAGUGAUUAUGCAGGCUGCUUGGAUGAACAAAAAAGCACUUCCGGAAGUUGUUCCAACUUUGGUUCCGGAGCUGUGA